GUUUACUGCCAUCUAGUGGAAGAUACCAAUAAAACACUUUAUUAUCAGGGUGGGGAGACGGCUGAGCUGAAACAGAAAGUAAAGUUGUUCUUUUGUUCAGGAUCCAUUUUGAGACGACAGAGCAGAAAACACUAUAUGGAGAUUAUUGAAAAAUAAAGGGUCAGUGCUCUAAAAUGAGUCUCUCUGGGGAGAGAGAGGAGGGGGGCCCUGCCUCUAAAAUGCAUCUCUCUGGGGGACAUGACACCAAAGCUAAGAGCCCAAUCAAGCAGGAGAGACCAGCCUCCCCUGUACCCAGCUGUGUGUCCAUGAAGAGUGACAAGUCUAUGGUUCAACCUAUACAGUUUAGAGAGGGAGACUUUUCUACUGAACAAAGAAACCAACAGGAGAGAUCAGAGUCAGAGAUUCUCAGUGGUCAGUCUUCCCAGAGUCAUCAAACAGACCUGGCCUCCAUAUUCAGUAUGCUUGAAAAGAAUAUUGUGACAUUUGUGAAGAACGAGCUGAAGAUGUUCAAGAGGAUUCUUAGUCCAGAACUCCCAGAAGGCUUUGAGAGUCAGAACCAGGAAGUGGUGGAUGCUGAAGAUGAGAAGCAGGAGAGCAGUGCCAGAGAGGGGGCUCUGAAGAUCACACUGCACGUCCUGAGGAAAAUGAACCAGAAGGAGCUUGCUGACACACUGGAGAAAUAUGAUCCUGCUGUGAUUUGCCAACGUGAACUCAAAUCUAAUCUAAAGAAGAAGUUUCAAUGUGUAUUUGAGGGGAUCGCUAAACAAGGAAACCCAACACUUCUCAAUAAGAUCUACACAGAGCUCUACAUCACAGAGGGUGGAACAGGAGAGGUCAAUAAUGAACAUGAGCUGAGACAGAUUGAGACAACAACCAGGAAACAAGCAAGACCAGAGACUGCAAUCAAAUGUAACGACAUCUUCAAACCCUUAACUAGACAAGACAAACUUAUCAGAACUGUGCUGACAAAGGGAGUCGCUGGCAUUGGAAAAACAGUCUCUGUGCAGAAGUUCAUUCUGGACUGGGCUGAAGGAAAAACAAAUCAGGAUGUCCAAUUUGUAUUUUCAUUCCCUUUCCGGGAGCUGAAUUUGAUGAAAGAGGACAAACACACUUUCAUUAAACUUCUCAAUCACUUCUCAAUGGAAACCAAACAAUCAGGAUUCUCCAUCUACAACAAGUACAAAGUUCUGUUCAUCUUUGAUGGUCUGGAUGAGUGCCGACUGCCCCUAGACUUCCAGAAGAACAAGAUCUGUUGUGACGUCACAGAGUCAACCUCCGUGGAUGUUCUGCUGACAAAUCUCAUCAAGGGAAAUCUGCUUCCCUCUGCUCUCCUCUGGAUAACUACCCGACCUGCAGCAGCCAAUAAGAUCCCUUCAGGGUGUGUUGACCAGGUGACAGAGGUACGAGGGUUCAAUGACCCACAGAAGAAGGAGUACUUCAGGAAGAGAUUCAGUGAUGAGGACCUGGCCAGCAGAAUCAUCUCACACAUAAAGACAUCAAGGAGCCUCCACAUCAUGUGCCACAUUCCAGUCUUCUGUUGGAUUUCUGCAACAGUCCUUGAACACAUGCUGAAACAUAAGAGAGAAGAGAUGCCCAAGACUCUGACUGAGAUGUACACACACCUUGUGGUGUUUCAUACCAAACAGAAGAAUGAAAAGUAUCUUGGGAAAGAAGAGACAGGUCCACACUGGAAUAAAGAGAGCAUUCUGUCACUGGGAAAACUGGCUUUUCAACAGCUUGUGAAGGGCAAUCUGAUUUUCUAUGAAGAAGACCUGAAAGAGGCUGGCAUUGAUGUCAAUGAAGCCUCAGUGUACUCAGGAUUGUGCACACAGAUCUUUAAAGAGGAAUGUGGGCUGUACCAGGACAAGGUGUACUGCUUUGUUUAUCUGAGCAUUCAGGAGUUUCUGGCUGCUGUAUAUGUGUUCCUCUCCUUCAUCAACAACAAUGAGAAUCUAAUGGACAAACUGCAAACAAAAGACGAGCCUGAAGUUACGUUCUACAAGAGUGCUGUGGAUAAAGCCUUACAAAGUGAGACGGGACACCUGGACCUUUUCCUCCGCUUCCUUCUGGGCCUCUCACUGGAGUCCAAUCAGAAGCACUUACGAGGUCUACUGACAAAGACAAGAAGCAGCUCACAGAGCCAUGAAGAAACAGUCAAGUACAUCAAGGAGAAGAUCAGGGAGAAUCCCUCUCCAGAGAGGAGCAUCAAUCUGUUCCACUGUCUGAAUGAACUGAAUGACCAUUCUCUAGUGGAGGAGAUCCAAAGCUACCUGAGCUCAGGAAGUCUCUCAAAACCCAACCUGUCACCUGCACAGUGGUCAGCUCUGGUCUUUGUGUUGCUGACUUCAGAAAAGGAGCUGGAUGUGUUUGACCUGAAGAAAUACUCCAGAUCAGAGGAAAGUCUUCUGAGGCUGCUGCCAGUGGUCAAAGCCUCCAGAGCUGCUCUGCUGUCAGGCUGUGGAGUCACAGAGGAAGGCUGUGCUUUUCUGGUCUCAGCUCUGGAGUCAAACCCCUCACACCUGAGAGAGCUGGAUCUGAGUAACAAUGACCUGAAGGAUUCAGGAGUGAAGCUGCUCUCUGCUGGACUGGGGAAUCCCCACUGUAAACUGGAGACUCUGAGGCUGUCAGGCUGUCAAGUCACAGAGGAAGGCUGUGCUUCUCUGGUCUCAGCUCUGAGGUCAAACCCCUCACACCUGAGAGAGCUGGACCUGAGCUACAAUCACCCAGGAGACUCAGGAGUCAGACUGCUCUCUGCUGGACUGGAGGAUCCACACUGCAGACUGGAGAAACUCAAUGUGGAACAUGGUGGAGAGAACAGAAUGAAACCUGGGCUUAGAAAAUAUGUCUGUGAUCUCACACUGGACCCAAACACAGUAAACAGACUCCUCUCUCUGUCUGAGGAGAACAGAAAGGUGACAUGUAGGAGAGAGAAGCAGCCGUAUCCUGAUCACCCAGAGAGAUUUGAGGACUGUGAACAGGUGCUGUGUAGAGAGGGUCUGACUGGGCGCUGUUACUGGGAGGCAGAGUGGAGUGGGAGAGGGGCUGAUAUAGGAGUGACAUAUAAAGGAAUCAGCAGGAGAGGAGAGUUUAAUGACUGUUGUCUUGGAUACAAUGACAAGUCCUGGAGUCUGGACUGCUCUGACAACAGUUACUCUGCCUGGCACAAUAAUAAUCUCACUACCAUAGACGUCCCCUCCUCCAGCUCCCACAGAGUAGGAGUGUAUCUGGACUGGCCAGCCGGCACUCUGUCCUUCUAUAGAGCCUCCUCUGACACACUGACCCACCUGAUCACAUUCACCUCCACAUUCACUGAGCCCCUCUAUCCAGGGUUUGGGGUUUGGUUUGUUGACUCAGUGUCCCUGAAAUAAUAACCUGACACACAC